AUGGCCUAUCUGGACAUCGAAUCUUUCAUGACCUUCAGCCUGGUGUCUCUUGCUUUCUUUCUUCAAGUUGCUUCCAGCUCAAGGAUCGCGACAUUUACAGAUAGCCAGUGUAAGAACGCCUUCCAAAGCCUCGAUGCAGAGAAUGGAUAUCCCAAUGGCACUUGCACCCGGCUGGGGGACCAGGGCAAAUACGGAAGCUUCCAAGUCGUCGGACUAGACCCAGGCUGCAGUGCUACAAUUUACGGAGCCGACAGCGAAGAGUUUGUACCGUGCUCGUCGACAAUCCUGCAGUUCACGAGCAUAGGCGAUUGCCACAAUUCCUCCUUCGUCUAUUACAGCAUUGACGCGUGUACACCGCCUAGUCAGAUAUCGUCAUCGUCCCGCUCUGCCACACCUUCGGCGUCUCCUUCGACGUCUCCAUCUUCGACGCCGUCGCCUAGCGUAGCAAGCAAGCCCCGCAAGAGUAACACUGGUGCUAUAGCUGGUGGUGUGGUUGGCGGUGUAUGCGGGCUCGCUCUCAUCGCUGCCGCCGUAUUACUGCUUCUACGACGGAAGAAGAAGGCUGAGCAACCACCGGAAAUCUCCGCGGAUGAGCGGGGAGAGGUUGACGGAAGAGGCGCGUUCGCCGAAAUGCCACACCAAGACCCAAAACAAGAGAUGGACUCGAAGAACAUAGCGCCACAGGAGCUCGGCGAUAAAAAGAGUGUGGAUCUACCACCGGUUGAGCUUCCAGGGGACGACGCUGCUCGACAUUCCCAGCAUAUACCUGACUCUCAGCUUACUGGAAGUGAGAAGCACUGA